GCCGCCAGGCCCCGACGCCGUUACCCCCGCACGUGAGCUCGUUGCGCACGAGUUCACCGACGAGCCCACGCCCGCGCCCGGAGGCGGAAAUGUGCCGGCGGCGCUGCUGGCGAUCGGAUCGGCGGCUGCCCGCCCAGCUCAGCUGUGCAUUCAUGGUCGAGCCGUUUGCCUUCCCGCCGGGGCACGAGCAGCAAGAUAAGAAAGGGGCCCAGCCGGUUUGGCCGCGGCCCGCGCCGGGCCCGCCCGGCCGCUCCGGGGGCGGGCGGCAUGUUCUACGGGAGGCGGUGCCCCGCGGAUGCCCCCUACUCCGCCCACGCGGACGAGCUGCACGAGUGGACGCACCACCAGCGGAAGCACCACGAGAGGGUGCAGGCCCCCGUGAAGGUGGUGGACUCGAGCCCGCCGAAGUGCAACGGCAUGGCCUCCAGGGCCGUGCAGGAGCAGGGCCGGCGCUUCUGCUACGACCAGAAGAAGGCCGAGAUCGGCCGCGAGAACCGCAAAAUGGUCGACCGGCUGCAGAGGCCCGCGGCCCGCGGGCCCUAUUCGGGGGACUCGCUGGAUCGCCCUCGCUCCCGUCCCUGUCCCCGUCCCAGUCGGUGGGCGAGCCGAUCCGCAUCGGGUCGCUCAACGAGCAGUUCAGGAGGAAGGUGCAGCGGGGCAUCGAGAACGACAACGUCUCCCUGGUGCGCCGGAUCCUCUGCACGCGCUCCACCUUCGACCGAGUGCAGGAAGAGGCGCACUUCUCGCGGCACCGGAGGACCGAGCAGCUGCUGAGGCGGCUGCCCGGCCCGGAGCGGAAGGCGAGCCUGGCGCCCGGGAGGAGCCCAGGGCGCCCCGCCCUGCCAGCCUUCCCGCGGGACUCGCAGGCGCUGGCGCGUGAGCUCCAGGGCAGCCUCUUCUUCCUGGCCGACCUGCGCCGCCCGGACUGCGAGCCCGCGCCCCUCGCCCUGCAGCACUCCGCCUCGGCCCCCGCGGUGGUGCCGGGCCGCCCCGCGGAACCCCCGGAUGGUCCCGCCGAGGAGGAGGACGUGAAGGACGACGAGCAGGAGGACGUGCGGGAAGACGUGAAGGACGACGUGCGAGAGGACGUGCGGGAGGACGUGAAGGAGGAUGACGUGCGGGAGGAUGUGCAGGACGACGUGCAGAAGGCCGAGCGGGAGAGCGUGAAGGGCGAUGUGCAGGAGGACGUGAAGGACGACGUGCAGGAGGACGUGCGCAAGGACAUCCUGGUAGGCGGGCAGGAUGAGGGAGCCGUACCCGCGAAGCACCCGCCCGGCGGGGUUGCGCUGCAGACGUGGGGCGCGGAGAACGUCGAUGGCGAGACGGAGAGGCGGAGCUGGUUGGAGCAGGACGGAGCGGGCGCUCCGGACCGGGGUGCCGCCGCAGCCGGGGCCGAGCAGUCCACCGCGGCGGGGGCCGCGCCGCCCGCCGCGCCCGGGGCGGAGCUCGAGGACACGCAGGCGUCGGAGGAGUCGGAUGACGUCCCGUACGACGACGACUGGGACGACGCCUCCAUGACGGAUGGGACCGCGUCGAUGUCGAGGACGGCCAGGACCCGCAGCGACGGCUUCGGCCUCCCGGGCGGGGGCCUCUGA